CAUAUGAAGAUGUAACUGUGUAAUUUCCCAUUCAGUCACAGUGAUGUAAUACGCAUUUAUGAUAUUGUUGAUGGUCUAACCUUCAGGCUCCAAACUACAGCUUAUGUUGUUAUUUUUUUGUAGGAGUUUCUGGUCUUAGUGUUGACACCUCCAGAAAAAUAGCUGUGCGUGCUGCACUUUACAUUGUCUUGACAACUCUCAUGUCUUGUACCAUAGGUAAGGGAAAUAGUAUACUCUGAAACUUAUUUUAGUUACUUUCACUUUGUAUUGUGAAGCACUUUUGAAACAAUUAUAUUCAUAUUAACAUUUGAAGUCUGGUACAAUAUUUUCAUCUAGUAGUAGUUUAGUAUUGUUCUCAGCCCAUGUGCUAAUCUUGUUAUUUAUGUCCAACCCUGGAUUAUAUGCUGUAGGAAUGAUACUGGUAAUAAUCGUCAAGCCAGGGGUCGCUUAUAGUGCAGAUAACAGUGACUCAGAUGAGGAAGAGAAGUUCUCCACUGUGGAUGCCUUGUUGGAUCUAGUACGUAACAUGGUGCCGGAGAAUCUGGUUCAGGCUUGCUUCCAACAGUACAAGACUGACAGGUUUGAGCAUGAACUUCACACAUUUGAGCCGAAUACUAGUGUGGAAAUGAAUAUCACUGAAGUGGAACUAGUGGCGCACUAUGUUGAAGGAGUCAACACACUGGGCCUCAUCGUGUGUUCUUUCGUUUUUGGACUGACCCUCAAGACAAUGGGAGAGAGAGGAAAAAUGCUUGUAGAACUUCUUAGCAUCCUCAACGAGGCCACAAAAUAUGUGGUUGACUUGAUCCUUUGCUACUUGCCUGUGGGAGUGAUGUUCAUGAUUGCAAGCCAUGUUGUUGAGGUUCAUGACUGGGAAACUACUUACAAGCUCGGAAAGUUCAUGGCAGUGGUUAUUAUUGGGCUCUUAAUUCAUGCAGUAAUUGUUCUGCCAUCAAUCUAUCUUCUGUGGGUGAGACGUAACCCCUGGGAAGUCAUCAAGGGGGUUUCUCCUGCUUUACUGACUGCAAUGCUCAUCUCAUCCAGCUCUGCCACGCUGCCGCUCACUCUCCAAUGUUGUGAGGAGAGAAAUAACAUUGACCACAGAAUUUCCCGCUUCAUGCUGCCCAUUGGGACAAAUGUGAACAUGGACGGUACAGCCCUUUAUGAAGUGGUUGCAGCUGUUUUCAUUGCACAACUCACCAACAUCAAUCUGGAUUUGAGUCAGUUAAUCACCCUAGGGGUGACAGCAGCAGUUUCCAGCAUUGGAGCCGCAGGGAUCCCAGCUACAGGGGCUGUCACUACUCUCUUCGUUUUGACUGCAAUUGGUAUACCUGCGAAAGAAGCGUCCAUCUUGGUGGUGGUGGAAUGGCUCCUAGAUCGCUGCAACACUGUUGUCAAUGUCCUCGGAGACUGCAUGGGUGUGGCGCUCGUUGACCAACUGUCCAAAAGAGAACUGGAACAAUUGGAGGAAAAUGCACAGGGCAGGACGUCUGACAGUAAUGAUGAUGACUCUUUCAAGACUACCCGUGAUACUGCACUAUAAAGUUUACCACUGCAAGAGAGUGACUGACUGUAUGUGGUGUCAGCUCAGCAUCAAUAGUGACUGGAUAUCAGCCAAAAGAAAUAUGGUUCAUUUUGAAGAAAGUUUGAAUUGAUUUAAAUUGAAAUGAUGUAGAAAAUGUAGUCAAUAGAUUUCAUUGUAUUGUAUUGUAUUGUAUUGUAUUGUAUUGUAUUGAUUUGAAUUGAUGUAGUAAAUGAAUUUCAUUGAAGUAAUGGAUGUAGUUGUCUAAUUGAAACGUU